AUGCAGUUCACCAAGCUCGCCACCGUCCUCAUUGUCUCCCUUAUGGGAAGCGCUGCCAUUGCCGCUCCACCAGUUGACAAUGCUCCCGCUGCUGCAGCCGACGAGGUUGCCGCCGAGAACCUUGGGAAGCGCGGCUUCGGCUGCCCAUUGAACGAGAGAGAGUGCCAUGCUCACUGCCUUUCCAUUGGCCGCAAGUUUGGCUACUGUGGUGGUAGCCUGCGCCUGUGA